AUGGAUCAGGGAAAUUAUACUCGAGUAAAAGAGUUUGUCUUCCUAGGCAUUACCCAGUCCCGAGAGCUCAGCUGGGUCUUAUUUGUCUUCCUGUUGCUGGUGUACAUGUCCACUCUGAUUGGAAACCUCCUCAUCAUGGUCACAGUGACUUACGAUUCACGUCUUCACACCCCCAUGUACUUCCUGCUCCGCAAUCUGUCCGUCCUUGACAUCUGCUUCUCCUCCAUCACAGCUCCCAAGGCCCUGACUGAUCUCCUGUCAGAGAGAAAGGUCAUCUCCUUCAAUGGCUGCAUCACACAAAUGUUCUUCUUCCACCUUCUGGGGGGAGCGGAUGUCUUCUCUCUCUCCAUCAUGGCCUUUGAUCGCUAUGUAGCCAUCUCGAGACCCCUGCACUAUAUGACCAUCAUGAGUACAGAGAGAUGCACCUGCCUGGUGGUGGCCUCCUGGGUGGGUGGCUUUAUCCACUCCAUUGCACAGAUUUCUCUGCUGCUGUCCGUCCCCUUCUGCGGACCCCACGUUCUGGACACUUUCUACUGUGAUGUUCCCCAGGUCCUCAAACUCGCCUGCACGAAUACCGUCACUCUGGAGCUCCUCAUGAUAUCCAACAACGGGUUAGUCAGCUGGGUUAUAUUCUUCUUUCUCUUGAUAUCCUACACGGUCAUCUUGAUGAUGCUGAGGUCUCAGACAGGGGAGGGCAGGAGGAAAGCCGUCUCCACCUGCACCGCCCACAUCACAGUGGUCACCCUGCACUUUGUGCCCUGCAUCUAUGUCUACGCCCGGCCCUUCACCGCCCUCCCCACCGACAAGGUUAUCACUGUCACCUUCACUGUCAUCUCCCCUCUGCUCAAUCCUGUGAUCUACACCCUGAGGAAUCAGGAAAUGAAGUCAGCCAUGAGGAAAUUAAAGAAGCAACUUGGACAUUCAGAAAAGUUUUGA